AUGGAAAGAAGGCUCGUAAAGAAAGAAAUGAAAAAGCUCCUGGGAGAUUAUAUUGGCAUCAGACUUCGGGAAAAUGAAUUUGACCCCAAAGGAAGACGGCAACUCACCUUUCUAGAUGAUAUGGCUCACUAUGACUUGGCCAUCAGCGUUGCUUUGCAAUGGCUGGAUCACUCGGAAGACUUAACGUGGCUGGAGUGGGAGGAAGCGAAAAUGCCACUCCGUGGUAGGCCCACGUACCCAAACCGCAGAGAACGAGAAGCUAUGAUUUUAUCAUCUUAUGCUGGAAUCUUAAUGAACAGUAUCCCAAUUGAGGAAGUCUUUAAAAUUUAUGGGGCUGAUUCUUCUGCAAAUUCUGGUACUACCAAGGUGCCCCGAGUUUCAUCUCUCCGUCUCUCCUUGCACCCUUUCGCCAUGUUAACAGCGCCCAAAGCAGCAGAAUACGCCCGCAAGCACAGUGUCAAGUCAAGAAAGGGAGCAACAAAUAAAAAUGCCACCAGCAGCUCUACAAAGGAAGCAAAUGCCACGGAAUGGAAAUCAUCAAAAAGGUUUUCAGGCACACAGCCAAAGAACAAAGGCUUUGCUUGGACAAGUUCCUAUAUGACUUUACACAUCCCAACUUCUCCUCCUCCUCAGUCUUCCAGUUAG